AAUGAGAGCGAGAGAGAGAGAGAGUGCAGAGAUGCUGCAGACCCACUUCUGCCCUUGUGUUGUCUCAUCCGCUUAUAGAGGCACUUAGUGCAUUUCCUCUGUCUUCUCUCCUGCAGAUAUACUUUGGGGGGAAUGCACUUACACUUUUAUCUCAAAUUUACUUUAUUGGAUGCUGAUGUUCUGCAGGAGUGCCUGGACUGGAAUGUGGGACUGUGUACAUAGAUCAAUUGUACUGAGGCUCUGAAUGUGAGUUAAAAGACCUAGUCUUUUCUAGCUCCACCUCAGCGUUUGAUUCUGGCUGUCUCUGAUAAUCAUGCUGAAGAAGAGGAACCCUGAGGUGCUGAUGGACCGGGAGGUUCUGCUGGAUCUGGACUACAGCGGCGAGACUCAUGGUCCAGACAGUUAUGGAAGCCUGCAAAAUGGGGGCUUCAUCCCUCCCAGAUAUCUGAAUACUGCUGCUAAUGAUGAGGAUGAUGACCCCAUGUAUGUUCAUUGUGAGCAGACCUCAAGCCCACCUGUUCACCCCUCUGGCAACUACUUCAGAGACGGCCAAACAAAAAUAGACUUUGUCCUGGUGUGGGAGGUGAUGGUGCGUCGUAAGCGUCGAAGUCGGGGACAGUUGCAAGGAAAGGCGACAGAGGACGCAGUAGAAGCAGUACAGGAGGAGAGCAGGUCAGAGAGAAGAAAAGCUCAGCUCGCCCAAUGGAGGGACAAAUUCAUCCAGAACCUCCAGAGUGCUGGACUGUUGAUGGAAAAGGAGGAAUCAUCCAGUGUAAAAAAGGCUAUACAUUAUCUGAAGCUCCAUGCUCCAUGGGAUGUUUUGGUGUACUAUGCUGAGGAGUUAUGUCUUAGAGCACCUCUGCAGGCACAGCCGCAGCCAGACUUCAACACUUCUGCUCAAGUUCUUCAGAAGCUCUGGGUGCCGAACAUCAUGAAAGACUCAGUCCCCAACCGUCCUGUGGACUACUACACAUGUGCCUUUCGCAAGUCCAAAAUGGAAAAGUUUCUGGGCUCUGAUGACCGUGAAAACUACUUCACCAACACACAAAGACACCGCAUUGUGUAUGAAAUCUUAGCCAGGACCGUGUAUGGCAGGAGGAAGCGUGCAGAAGUUGGAGUUGCUCGUCUUCUGAAUGAGGGGGCUUUUACGGGUGCAUUCCCUCUCCAUGAGGGCCCAUUUGAGCUCCCAGGUUGUGACAUGCAGCCCGAUAAGUUGAACAAGAGGCAGGUACUGUAUCACUAUUGGUCCAACUGGUUAAAAUGGUAUAAGUACCAGCCUAUUACAUAUUGCCAAUAUAUUACCAACUAUAAUGACCAAAUUCUACCGUUUACAGGAUUUUACACAGCCUGGCUUUUGCCUGCUGCAUUGGUUGGGACGUGUGUCUUUGUUUCGGGUAUUUUGACAAUGGGAUCCAAUACCCCAGCGAAGGAAAUCUGCGAGAGUGGAGGUCUUUAUCUAAUGUGUCCUCUGUGUGAAAACUGUAAACCCUGGAAUAUAUCAGACAUCUGUCCCAUGGCCAAGGUGGGUUAUCUGUUUGAUCAUCCCGGCACUGUCUUCUUCAGUGUGUUCAUGUCUUUGUGGGCCGUCACGUUCCUGGAAUACUGGAAACGCAAGAAUGCCACUCUCGCUCACCACUGGGACUGCAUGGAUUUCCAUGAAGAGGAGGAACCACCACGUCCUGAGUUUUCUGCCAUGGCCCCUGCAAUGGAAGAAAACCCAGUGACAGGAGUAAAGGAACCCUACUUUCCUGAAAAGGCCCGGAUUUCACGCAUGCUGACUGGCUCUAUGGUCAUUGUUAUAAUGCUGUGUGUAGUGAUGAUCUUCUUGGUCACAGUGAUCAUAUACCGCAGUAUAGUGAGCGUAAUGAUGUUUGAAACUGGGAGUUCUGUUCUGCGUACUCAGGCUGGGAAUAUUGCCAAUAUCUCCAGCACUUUGGUGAACCUGGCUUUGAUCUUGCUGAUGGGGCAGGUCUACACAGCCCUGGCAGAACAGCUCACUAAAUGGGAAAUGCACAGAACUCAGACACAGUAUGAAGAUGCCUUUACAUUCAAAGUCUUCAUCUUCCAGUUUGUCAACUUUUACUCGUCACCCUUCUAUGUAGCCUUCUUCAAGGGCAGAUUUGUAGGCUAUCCCGGUCAUUAUGGCACACUGUUCGGGAUGCGGAACGAGGAUUGCGGAUCAGGAGGUUGUCUGAUAGAACUGGCUGAGCAGCUCUGCAUCAUCAUGGUGGGAAAACAACUUAUCAACAACGUUCAGGAGUUUGUCAUCCCUAAAAUAAAGGCUUGGAGACAGAAACGGGCCUUAUCAUCUGUGAAAAAGGCCCAGAAGGCAGAGCAGCCCAAGUGCUGGGAGCAAGACUAUGAGUUGAUUCCAUGUGAGGGGCUUUUUGACGAGUAUCUGGAGAUUGUCCUGCAGUUUGGCUUUAUCACCAUUUUUGUGGCGGCCUUUCCUCUGGCUCCUCUCUUCGCCCUGCUGAAUAACUGGGUGGAAGUGAGGCUGGACGCUUAUAAGUUUGUGUGUGAAUACCGGAGACCCGUGGCAGAGCGAGCCCAGCACAUCGGUGUGUGGUUCAUCAUACUGGAGGCGCUGUCCCACGUGUCUGUCAUAGUCAAUGCUUUCCUCAUUGCAUUUACCUCCGAUUUUUUGCCUCGCCUGUUGUACCAGUACAAGUUUAACAAUGACCUGCAUGGCUAUGUCAACUUCACACUGGCUUACUCUCCACCCAGUUAUAACUACUCCAGUCACACUGUCUGCAGAUAUAAAGCAUUUCGGGAUGAAAAUGGAAAAUAUACGCUGGUGUAUUGGGAGCUUCUGGCUGUAAGACUGGGCUUUAUCAUUGCCUUUGAGCAUGUGGUGUUCUUCGUCCUGCGUGUCAUUGACUGGAUGGUUCCCGACAUCCCUGAGUCUUUGGAGCUGAAGAUCAAGCGGGAGCGUUACCUGGCUAAGCAGGCUUUGGCUGAUAACCAGGAGGCCCUGCUGCAAGCAAAGCGCCUCGCUACAUGAGACUGACCUGCAGGGCAGCAGCUUAUCCAGAAGGGGGCAUAGUCGCUAAGAAAACACUUUACACACUUAAAAGUGAUCCAAGAGGGACUUGUUUAAAAAAAAAAAUUUUUUUGCACUUGGACUUGAACCUUGGCUUGGAUUUGUGCUGGUUGAUUGAGUGUGUGUGAGCAUGCAUUUCAAAACGUAGAGGUCUAUGCCAAAAUUGUACAAACCCACCUCUACUUUAACAAACGGCUGUUUACAUAUGACUUCCUCUGGCUCCUACUAUACUAAGACAUGUGAUCACCUACACAUCUCACUCUCUCUGCCCUUCUGAUAAAUGAUAUAUUCCUGUUUGGAUUUAGUGGGAGGACAGGGAGGUUUGCUUUUCUACAUUAAUACUAAAGUAUAUAUUUGUACUACUGACAAAAUGAAAAUUGUGAAAGACAUCAAGAAGCCCAUUCUACAUUGUGUUAGUGUGAAAUGCUUCUCUGAAUAAUACCUUAAUAUAUUUGCAUUUGUCAUGUCUAUCUCCGGGCUGUUUAAGGAAUUAUGUUUUAAAAUAAAGCUAGUUUCAAUAACCGUUCAAAAACCAUUGAAGUGUUUACAUGCUGGAGGACAGGAUUUAAAAGGAUAGUUUAGCCAAAAGUAAAAAAAAAACUUGUGUCAUUGAAAAUAAAUGUCUUCAUUUGGUCUUUGGAACACAAAAGGAGAUGUGUUAACUGAUGAUCAGGGGCUGUUAAGCCUCAAAUAAGCACUGUAAAAAAGGAUCAUAAGUGGUCUAUAAGACCUGUGCAUUAUAUUCCAUAUCUUCUGAUUUUGAACUGCAUUAUUUAGAAAAAAAAAAAAAAUGUAAUUCUGUGUAAAAUGUAAUUUCUGAUAAAAAAUAAUAAAGGUUUGCUGUGCUUGUU